CCCGGUGCCGAGGGCUUUUCGCUCCUUCGCUCUUAUUUUUUCUUUUCCCUUUCUUCCCUCCCUCUCUCGGUGCCGGCAGCGCGGCGGGGAUGGGGCGACCGAGGGUUUCCGCUGCUCCGAACCGCUGCCCUCAUCCCCGCCCCGGCCGGGGGCUCUGCCCCAGCCCUGAGCCCCGAACCCCGAACCCUUGAACCCCCGAACUCCCGAACCUCUGCAUCCCGCACCUCAGAACCCCAUUGGCCGUUUCUGGGGGAGCAGAGACGGAGGUGCACUUUUUUCCCCCACUUCUUAAUUUUUUCCCCUUUUUUUUUCCUCCCUUUUUGCAUCCCCUCCUCGGGACUUCCCCCCAGCCAUGGGGCUGCUCCGGGGGGGCCCUCGCUGGGCAGGCAAGCAGCUGUAACCCUCCCCACGGUGCACGGAGGAACGGGGGGGGGUCCUCCAGUGGAGCAGCGCUCGGUCUUCUGGGGGGUGGCCAUGGCCCCCCGGAGCCGUGGGCGGAUGGAGCGGAGCUACGUGGUGGGCAUCUGCUGCCUGGUGCUGCUAGAGCGGAGCUGGGGUGCCGAGCCCGGCACUGGGGACGGCGGUAACAGCAGCCGGGCACCGGCGGUGGAGGACACGGCCCCCGCGCCCACUGAGCCCAUCCCAGGAGGGGACCGUUGCCGCGGGUAUUACGACGUGAUGGGGCAGUGGGACCCACCAUUCAACUGCAACGCCGGCAUUUACCAGUACUGCUGUGGGACCUGCGGGUACCGCUUCUGCUGCCAGUUCAAGGCCAGGCGGCUGGACCAGAGCGGCUGCUCCAACUACGACACCCCCAACUGGGUGAACACGGGGCAGCCGCCCGCCCGUGUGGAUGAGAGCCCCGAGGGCCCCACCCGUGACAAGACCAACAUGAUCGUCUACAUCAUCUGCGGCGUGGUGGCCAUCAUGGUGCUGGUGGGCAUCUUCACCAAGCUGGGCCUGGAGAAGGCACAGGGCCCCCAGACUGAGAUGACGGUCUCCAGGACUCUCACUGACCUGCUGAAGCAGCCAGGCCACGGCCCCUCCGAGCACAUCGACGGCCUGAUGGGCAGCAUGCAGGUGCAGCUGGGCGAGGGGCUGCCCCGGGGACCCCCGAGGAACAGCACAGACAAGUUGCCCCUGAACAAUGCGGUGGACAGCACUGGUGUCACCCCACUGGGGCGUUCUCACGGCCACAGCAAGCGCCCGCCCCUCAGCAGCAGCCUGAGCCCACCAGCCCCCAGCUACACUGCCUACACCACGCUCACGGCUGGAGAGAGCAUUCCUGAGGACUUCUACAUGCGUUUUGGGGAGCCAGAUGUGCCUCCCACCAGCACUCUGCCCUUCCCAUCCACUGAGGGGCCCGAGAGCUGCCCCCCACCAGGGGUCACCAAGGCCAAGGGCCUCCCCAAAGCGCCAGGGGGCUCUGCCUUCCCAGGGGGCUGGGAGGGAGGCCUCCCCCGCAGCCUACGGCGGCCUGGGCCCACGGCACCGCUGUAUGGCCAGGCUCACCGGCACCUGGCCACCAACAGCAAGACUGAGGUCACCGUCUGACACCAGGACCAGCAAGGUGCCAUCACCAGGGGACAGGCAACGAGUUGUGGCUGUUCUCAGCUCACUCCAUGGAUGGGCAAUGGACUUUAGCAGCAUCCUGGCUGCACAGCCUCGUGUCCCCCCUUCCCCACCACCCAGCUUCCCCAUUGUUAAUAAACACAUGGAAGUGUACAGCCUCGUGUAGCUGCACUAUGGGGAUGGAGAAGAGCAGGGCAUGGCGGUGACACCACCUUUAUUGGGUGAGGGAAGUAGGCUGCCAACAACAGCUCCCUUCCACCCAAAAUCAACAAAAAAGUUACAGUAUAUACACACACAUAUAAAAACUGUAGGGAUAGAUGGGCACAGAGGGUGGGAAGAGUAGAAAAAGGGGGGCAAAGAGUCCCCAGAGAAGGAAAAGCACUGGGUGGUCUCAGCCCCUCAUAUAAGGGACAAGAAGAAGGCUGAGGGCCUCCAGAUCCUCCUCCCCAUUUACUGAAGUACAAAACUGACCCCCGGGCAAUGGGAAAUAACUGGGAGGUCGCAACAGGUCAGAGCUGCUGUAUUUUAGUAAAGGAAGCAGAUAGGAAGUGGAGGAGGAUGCAACUCCUGGCAGGAGUACAGAUAAUCCAGGAGCCCUAUGCUGGGCUUUGUGGGGACAGGAAGUGCCCCUGUGAAGGGGGAGGGAGGGCACCAUGGGGUGCUAUGGAGGUGAUAGCACUUCUCCCAUGUUGGGACCCCAAAGCCACAUCCUGUGCAAAAGGACAAGGGCUGCGAACUGCUUGCCAGGCCCCGGGGGUGCAGGGGGCGGGGGACAGGCUCAGUUCUGAGACUGGGAACUGAAUAAAAUAAACCAUUUCUAACAGUUUCACCUGCACCGACAUGAAGGCACCACAGCCAGCAGCCUCUGCUCCCACCACCUGUGGGGACUGGCCACAACCCCACCUCACUGAAAUGAGGAGGAAGAUGGAGAAGAGGGGGGCUGCUGUGUCAGUCCCUGUUUGGUAAAGCCACAAACGCUCCUAUUAAAAAACAGCGGUAUAAAAACGGUACAGAAACCCACCACUGGCCCCCGCUGAUGAUCCCAGUAGGAUCCCAGUCCAGAGGACAUCAGCACCAGGCCCCUAUGGGCAACCCCAGCACAGCCACUGGGUGUCCCUACUAUAGUGCCCCCAAAAAGUGCAGGGGCAAUAAAGCCACACCUAGGGCAAGAUAAAAAAAAAAAAACAACAAACCCUCCCACUCCCACCCCAGCAUGAUCCCACUGGCAUGGCCCUAACCUACACAGCACUGAUUUUUUUUUUUUCCUUUUUUUUUCUUUUUCUUUUUUU